CCUUCUCUCUCUCUCUCUCUCUCUGUGUUUUUGGCUUCAUUAUACUUGAUACAUAUCUAUUUUAUAGUUCAAGAAUCACCAAGUUAAUAUCCGAUGGCUUUUAUGGGCACCAAAAGUGCAUCCUCAUCUUCUUCUUCUACCAUGUCUGGAUGGACAUAUGAUGUCUUUCUUAGUUUUAGAGGGAGUGACACCCGUAAAAAUUUUACAGAUCAUCUAUAUGCUGCUUUGAAUCAGAAAGGUAUAUUCACAUUCAGGGAUGAUGAAAAACUUGAGCGAGGAACAUUUAUUGCUCCAGAACUCUUGAGAGCAAUAGAAGAAUCGAGAUUUGCUGUCGUUAUUAUCUCACAAGACUACGCUUCAUCGAGAUGGUGUUUGGUUGAACUAGCAAAGAUUGUUGAGUGCAUGAAAAAGGAGAGGCUUAUAGUUUUGCCUGUUUUCCACUACAUAGAUCCUAGUGAUGUGGGGAAUCUGAAGAAGACUUUUGGAGAAGCCUUUGCUAAACAUGAAGAGCAUUACAAAGAUAACAUAGAGGAAGUAUAUAGAUGGAAAGCUGCUUUGACACAAGUUGCUAAAAUUGCUGGAUGGGAUUUACGAGACAAACAUGAGGCAAAAGUUGUUGAAGAAAUAAUUGGAAAGAUAUUGGAUAAAUUGACUUCUACAUACUCAAUUGUUCCCAAGGAUUUUGUUGGAAUAAACUCUCGUAUGGAGGAACUGGUGAAUUUAUUAGGCAUGGGGUUGAAUGAUGUUUGCUUUAUAGGGAUUUGGGGAAUGGGGGGAUUGGGCAAAACAACUCUAGCACGAGUUGUUUAUGAUAAAUUUCGUCAUCGUUUUGAAGGCAGCAGCUUUCUUGCCAAUGUUAGAGAAGAAUGUGGAAAACAUGGUUUAGUUCAUUUACAAAAACAGCUUCUUUCUGAUAUCUUGAUUGAAAGAAAUAUUGAUUUUUCAGAUGUUCAAUGGGGAAGUAAUGUGAUAGAGAAAAGAUUAUGUUAUAAAAGUGUUCUUAUCGUUCUUGAUGAUGUGGAUCUACUUGAUCAAUUAGAAGCGUUAGCAGGCGAGCGAGUUUGGUUUGGUCGAGGGAGUAGAGUCAUUAUAACUACAAGAGAUCAACAUCUAUUGAUCAAACAUGAUGUGGCUAGAGCUGAAAUAUACGAGGCUACGAAAUUGAAUAGUGAUGAAGCUCUUCAGCUCUUUAGUCGAAAAGCCUUCAAGAAAGACCAUCCUUUAGAAGGUUAUGUGGAGUUGUCCAAGAAAGCAAUAAGUUAUGCUCAAGGCCUUCCUUUGGCUCUUAAUGUUUUGGGUCCCUUCUUGAAACAUAGAAGCCCUGAUGCAUGGAAAAGUGCCCUAGAUAGACUGAAAGAAACUCCUCCGAAAAAAGUUUUGGAUACACUCCGGAUAAGUUUUGAUGGCUUGGAAGAAACAGAGAAAAAAAUAUUUUUAGAUAUUGCUUAUUUCUUCAAAGGAGAAGAUAAAGAUCGUGUAACAAAUAUACUACAAACUCCCCGUUACAAGCCAAGCAUUGAUAUAGAUGUUCUCGUGGAAAAAUCUCUCAUAACCAUCUUCAGGGGACGUUUGUGGAUGCAUGAUUUACUGCAAGAAUUAGCUCAGCAAAUUGUUCAUAUCGAGUCCCCUGAACAGCCUGGUAGUCGUAGUAGGUUGCGGCUCAAGGAUGAUGUUCUUCAUGUACUGGAAAAUAACACAGGAUCAAAAAAAAUUCGAGGCAUAAUGUUGCAUUUGCCCCAACCGAUAAAAGUGCAACUACACACUGAAGCUUUCAGAAGGAUGAAAAAUCUCAAAUUUCUAAUAGUUGAGAAUGUACAUAUUUGUGAACCAUUUGAAUUUCUUCCCCAUGGUCUAAUAUAUCUUAAGUGGCCCAAUUAUCCUUCUCACUGGCCAUUCAAAUAUUUUCCUAAACAACUUGUUGUUUUUGAGAUGCCAGGUAGCCGCAUUAGAUUGCCAAAGCUAAUCAAGCAGGAGCGUCCCUUAGAAAAUUUGAUAAAUGCCAAUCUCAGUGGUUGUGAAUUUAUUACGGAAUUACCUAAAUUAGGGGCCCAAAAUUUAAAGCACUUGGACCUCUCUCUUUGUAAAAAUUUAGUUGAGAUUGAUGAAUGCUUUGGAUCUCUUGAAAAGCUUACAAAAUGGGAUCUCGAUGGUUGUUGUAAACUUCAAAUUCUUCCAAGCCAGCUCAGGUUGAAAUCUCUUCGUUGGUUUGGUCUUUCUUACUGCUCAAGCCUUGAGAAGCUCCCUAAUUUUCAUCCAGAAAUGGAAUGUUUAGAUACUUUAGAAUUAGAGGGGAGUGGUAUUAGAGAGUUGCCUUCAUCAAUCGAGCAUCUCACUAAGCUUGAGAAAUUAAACCUUCGUGAGUGCAAAAACCUUGGGGAUCUUCCAGAUAGCAUUUAUAAAUUGCAACAGCUUCAGUACUUGAAGACUCCUACUGCCAAAUUGAGACCGACGUGCGAUUCUUUUGAUGGCUCUUCCGGAUAUGGGUUUGUGAACAUGACACAAUUGGAUCUCCGUGGCUUUUUCGGAUGUGAAGGCAUAAUUGAAUUAGAUCUUUUGAUGAAGCCUGAUUACUUCCCCGCAUUGAAAUACUUAACUCUAUCUUCUACCAAUAUUGUUACCAUCCCUGAAAGCAUUAGCAGAUUUCCCAGAUUACAACAACUUUAUGCUAUGAAUUGCAAGCUUCUUCGUGAAAUUCAAGGGCUUCCACAAUCAAUAAGGAGCGUUGGUGUGGAUGGUUCCAUGUUGUUGAAUACCUCACCAAGCGGGCUAUUUAAUCAGGUAAUAGGAAUUAUUGGGAUUUUACCAAAUAGAGUAUGUGGUAGCGCAAGAAGCAACAAAUUAAUGGAUCUGCAGUUCUCCAAUAAUUUACCAUCUGAAACUGAGGGUGCUGAAUCUGAAGAUGGGGACAUAUCAAUGGAUCUGCAGUUCUCCAAUUAUUUCCAAUCUGAAGAUAAGGUUGAAUAUUUGAGAGAGGGCUUUGAUGGCUUUGAUGGCUUUAAUCCUGAUAUUAGUUUUUCGGGAACUGAGAUGCUGAAAUGGUUUAAUCAUCGAAGUGUUGAUAACUCCAUAUCUUUCUUUGUUGGUCGCAAUUUUCCAAAAUUGGUUGUCUGUAUAGUUCCUGGACCAGGGGGCUUUCAUGGCUUUGUUGAAAUUUCCAUCAAUGGUUAUGAAAAUCGUGAAUAUGAGUCUAUUAAUCUACCGCGACGAUAUUCAUUUCCACAAUAUUUAUUUUCUCUAACUCAAUGGUCUCUUCUGCAAAGACAUUUGAAUGAAUCAAAUCCAACUGACCAGAAUCUUGUUGAGGUUUCAAUUAGAUAUAAGUCAGAUGACCCCGUAGAAUGCACCUGUCCUCCUCAAGAAGAUGAUGCUGUUGAUUAUUGGUCAGAUGACACCUGUUAUUCUAUAGAAAUGUGGGGGGUCCACGUAGAAUGCACCUGUCCUCCUCAAGAAGAUGAUGCUGUUGAUUAA